ACUGAAGGCGAUUCACGGGCGGAUGGCCAUUAGAAUCUGUCCGCACUUCGUAUCGUCCUUACAACUAUUACAAUGAAUCGCCGACACUGUGACACACUGGUUUUGCACGACAACCUAACCCUAAGAGGAGCACGGCUGCCCGAUGUAUGUAUGCAUCUAUUCAUGCACCAGCGAACACUGCAUGUGCCCAACGAUGGUCAGUGAGCUGUGCCUCCAACUCCAACAAUAGGUUUCGCUGUACAGAGUUUAACGCCUUCAGUGACUCACUGACUUCAUCUACAGUCAUCGAUCAUCACUGAAAAAGAAAGCCGAGAAAGUUUCUCCAACUUUCUGUGCUUAUAAAAGCAUUGAACCGUACAGUUUUAUGGUUCCUGAACAUCUGUCCUUGUUGCAGUUGACUGGCUUUCAAGUACUACGAACUAGACACAUCACAAUAUCUAGUCUGUCAGCCAACUGAGAAUUGACAUCAGGAUUAAUUAGCCCAAAUCCCAACGAGGUGGUCGAUCAACUUCUUCCUCCCUGGCUCGCAGGCUCGGGGCUCCAUCGGAGGAAAGCUAGCUGCAGCCAUCAGCUGGACCAAACCCACCGGAAUCGAUCGACAUCCAAGCCGAUGCCAUCUCUUAUCGAUUACAGCCCGGCCGCGCUGAGGUCGCUGCUCCGGCCGUCCAGCGAUGAGCGUCGGGCGAAGCUGUCUGGGGCGGCGGCGGGGGCAGGGGCCGGGGCCGGGGCCGGCGGCGUCUUGGGGCUCUUCAAGAUGUUCAAGCUCCUGCCCGUGCUCACCACGGGCUGCAAGAUGGCGGCGAUGCUGGGGCGGCACAACAACCACCGGGCCCUCCUGGCCGACCACGCGCCGACGGUGACGCUGUUCGGGCACCGGCGCGGGCGGCUGAGCCUGGCCAUCCACGAGGACACGCGGUCCCCGCCGGCGUUCCUCAUCGAGCUGCCCAUGCUGGCGCCCGCGCUGCACCGCGAGAUGGCCACGGGCACCGUGCGCCUGGCGCUCGAGAGCGACACCCGCGGCGUCGCCGUCGCAUCAAGGCGGCGGCGCCCGCUGCUGGAGGAGUAUGUGUGGGCGGUCUACUGCAACGGGCGCAGCGCCGGCUACGCCAUCCGCCGGAAGGACGCGUCCGACGACGAGCGCCACGUCCUGCGCCUGCUCCGCGGCGUGUCCAUGGGCGCCGGGGUGCUGCCGCCGCCGCCCGACGAGAGGAGGGCGGGAGCGGCAGCACGCGCCACGCCUGGCGCUUGCGGCGAUGGCGAGCUCACCUACAUGCGCGCCCGCGUCGAACGCGUCGUCGGGUCCAAGGACUCUGAGGCGUUCUACAUGAUCAACCCCGACGAUGGCAGCGCCAACGCCGCCGCCCGUGGCGGCGACUGCGCGCCGGAGCUGAGCGUUUUCUUUGUGAGGAACAAGUGAGAAUAUGAAUUCACGCUUGUACGUACGUAUCCAUAAACACACACUCUUUUUUGUUUUUGCGAUUCACUCUUCUUUUCUUUGUGAAUAAUAUAAUGCGUGUACAUGUACAUAUGCUGUGUUCAAACAGCCAUGAUGCCAAUAAAUUAAUUUCGCAUGUACAUCGGUGGUUAAUUGCAUCGACUACCGCG